ACUUGAUUUCAUUUAACUGGAAAUUAUCUUGUUUUUUUUAAGUUUUAAAAGUUAGACAAACUAUAAAAUUAAACGGGAUCCGUUUAGGAAUAACCACUGACUGACUAAAAUUUCUAAAAUGCUGCAAACGGGAAACGACAUGUCACGACAGAUGGGAGACAACCAUCGAAGGUUUCUACAAACCAUGAUGGUCAACGGUAUUAUCGACGAGCACGGGGCAAGGGCGCUCUAUCAGUAUUGCUGUGAAACACACCACACACAGUACGCACCUGACAAGCUGGAUGAAUUCAUUGAUACUAUCAAUUCAAGACUGCAGCCAAUGUUCAUGCAGAUUAGGAAAGGGAUGUCUGAAGAUAACGGUCAGCAGUACUACGCCUUGGUGAACAUGGCUGAAACUGACAUCACCAGGAUGUCGUCAGAUUAUGCUGAUAAUGAACUUGAGCUCUUCAGGAAAACGAUGGACCUCAUUGUGGGCUCUGAGAAUGGCAAAGCGUCCUCCACUGAUAUCCUGAACACCACGGACUCCAUGACCACCAAAAAGCUGAAGAAGAGUGAAACGGAGCACCUGUUGAGCCGACUUGUGCACGACAAAUGGCUCAGUGAGAAACGGGGCGAAUACACCUUAUCCACCCGGUGUAUCAUAGAGAUGGAGCCAUAUAUUCGCACAAUGUAUCAAGACCAGUUGAAAGAGUGCCACAUCUGUCGUAACAUCGCUUUCCAGUGCCAAAUUUGUGAGAACUCCACAUGUGGCAUAAAAAUACAUAACCCAUGUGUGGCCAGAUACUUCAAAGGCAGAUCUGAGCCGCGGUGUCCGGCUUGUGAUGACUUCUGGCCACAUGAAAUCCCUGAAGUCAAACGGCCUCAUUCACAGUCCAGGAGAUGAAGACUUCAACAUUAGUGUUGUUCAUUUGUUUGUUUGUUUUUUGGUUUGGUAAUUUAAUAUAGUAUAAAUGUCUUUCUUGUUUUUGCUUUUAUACAUAAAAAUAAUAAAUUGUUUCAUUAUUAUUCUUUAUUGCAUUUUAUAGAUAUCAUCAAAAAACAAAACCUGUAGAGUUUGUCAUUGUAGUUUUGCUGACAUAAUGAUGAAAUAAAUCCAUCUGAAAAUAUAGGUCAGCUAUGUUCACGGUCAGAAAGAAA